UGAAGUGAGUCACGUGCCAGUGUUGCGUUCAGACAUUAUGGGGACACACCUGAAUCCACUCUGUGAGGACGUGUCUGUUUGGGGGACAGCAGCAGUGUGUCUGUAGUGUGUGUGUGUGUGUGUGUGCGUGUGUGUGUGUGAGGAUGAGCGGUGGCAAAAAGAGGAGUGGUUUCCAAAUCACCAGCGUGACCUCAGACUUCAACCAAACCCCAGCCGGCCAAUCAGCUCCCACCAUGGUCCUGAGCGUCCUCCAAUCAGCAGCGACCUCCUGCAGCAGUCCUCAGGGAAGCUCCUCCCAGCCCACCACGCCCUCUCUGAAAAGGAAAUACAUUUCCCAGGAUUCCUCGGGGCAGGCAGCGGGCUGUUCUUCCAGGUUCAGAGUGGUGAGGCUGGCGGUGGGAGGAGCUGGCGGCGGUGGGCGGGGCGAGCCUUUCCGCCGCGGGCGAUGGACAUGCACGGACUUCAUAGAGCGACAGGAAGGGGCGGGCUUUAAACGAGUGAUGGACACCAUGAGACACGCCCACUCGCUGGAGUCCCUGGAGCUGAUUGGUCGGGACAUGGACAGAGCCGAGGUUCACUCUCAGGAUACUUCCCAUCUGCUGGCACAGCCAAUCAGAGGCAGGGACCGGUUUGGACUUGUACUGCGUAGCGGGCCUCCGUCCCCGACACACCAAGAGCCAAUCAACGUCCGGCUCAUGGACUCAAAGGAACCAAUAGGAGUACAGAGUUCCACCCCUCCCCCUCCUUCGCCCCGCCCACGGAACAUCCCUCCUCCUCUACGAUUGGAUGUGGACGCAGCUGGGCGGUCUGUCCUUAGACUGUCUCACUCUCAGCCCAGCUCCCCCCCCGCUGGAGUCUACCGUCCCACCCUGACCCCCAUCCUGACCCCAGCUGUGUUCAGUCUGGACCAGACCAUGUUCAACCUGCCGGGGGACGCCAGUAGUUCCAGUAACAGUCUGAUGGCCAUCGACAACAAAAUCGAGCAGGCCAUGGACCUGGUGAAGAGUCACCUGAUGCUGGCCGUCAGAGAGGAGGUGGAGCUUCUGAGAGAACAAAUCAGAGAGCUGCAGGAGAAGAACCAACAACUGGAGAGAGAGAACUACAUCCUGAGAACACUCACACACACACUACACAACAUUUAACACACACACAACCUGCACAACAUGUAACACACACACACACAACCUGCACAACAUUUAACAC